ACCCCUGGCAGCUCUGCUCCUGCUCGCCCGCAAUGCUGGAUCUGAUCAAGUCCUUCACCAACAACGACGUGAACCAGUACUACAUAUUGAGCAAGUACUUCGAGCGCACGUGCGCCACUGUGGGCCAGCCGUACAAGUUGUACUUUGGCGACACCUGCCCCGCGAGCGCCAGCGGCACGUCCUCUGCAGGGCCUGCCAAGAAGUGAGAAGGGCAAGUGCUGAGUCCAGCGGCAAUCGGGCUGGUGGCGUCACGGACGUUUCGCAUCAUCUUCCACAUAUCUUUUCAUGCUAGUCGCAACAGAAGCGAAGAAUACGACAGCAUAGUUAUGUAUUGGGUGCAGGCGGCGAUCGGGGGAGGUUAGGUUGCGGUGUUCGGUGGGAAGUAUCCGGAGGGAGGGAAAGCUGGGCCGUGACAGGGGCGGCGAGAUGGGCGGAGAUAUGGUGGGCCGUGAGGCCGCCCGGGCACGUCAUGAAGUGUUGCAUGGGUGCUUCGCUCAUUGUUAUACUACACGUACGUGCUGGUACUGGAAGCGAACUGUGUGCAGUUCCCCGUGUGGACCCAAACGCAAGCGCGGCAAGUCGGCAACAUCUCAGGCAACAUCUCGGG